CAGAUGGCCUAGUAAGAUAGUCUUGUUUGGAUGACUUGCCUUCACCUGUGAUUAACCAUUUAGCAAUUUACAUUCUUUAUUCUUAGAUCAUUAAUCGGUAUUUUUUAGUGUCAUCACGUGUUGCAACAAGAAGUGAUUCAAAAUGUCUUGGGCAGAAGUAUGGAGAAGCAGCUGAUGGCAUAUCAAUGAUAGUGACUUGUAAACGAGUUCUUCUGAUGCCUAAGGGAGGAGUGGGCAACUAUACGGAUAGAAAAAGGUGUCAAAAAGCCACAGCCACAGAUAAAGACUUCUGCUACUAAUGGUAUCAUCGAAAGAGAUGAAACGCCUAUGGAGAAAGAAAUUGUGCAUCCUCAUCGAGUGGACUUUGAAUUCUCUGACAUAUUCUACUUCUGCAGAAAAGGGUUUGAGGCCAUUGUGGAAGAUGAAGUCACCCAAAGAUUUUCCUCCGAAGAGCUGUUCUCCUGGAAUCUCCUAACAAGGACUAAUGUCAACUUCCACUACAUCAGCCUGAGGCUGACUGUUGUGUGGGUCAUUGGGGUUAUAGUUCGAUACUGCUUCCUGCUGCCUCUGCGCAUUACCCUUGCUGCCAUUGGGAUUACUUCAAUGAUUGUGGGCACAACGAUCGUAGGACAGCUGCCUAACAGCAGUAUGAAAGACUAUCUGAGUGAAGUGGUCCACCUCACGUGCUCCCGCAUCCUUGUCAGAGCUCUGUCUGGUACUAUCCAUUACCAUAACAAGGAAAACAAACCUCAGAAAGGAGGAAUUUGUGUUGCCAACCACACAUCACCGAUAGAUGCGAUCAUUUUGACAAAUGAUGGAUGCUAUGCAAUGGUUGGUCAGGUUCACGGUGGACUGAUGGGCAUUAUUCAGAGAGCCACAGUCAAGGCCUGUCCUCACGUCUGGUUUGAACGCUCUGAAAUCAAAGACCGCCAUCUAGUGACAAAAAGACUCAGGGAACAUGUAGCGGAUAAAAACAAGCUCCCAAUCUUAAUUUUUCCAGAAGGCACCUGCAUAAACAAUACUUCUGUGAUGAUGUUCAAGAAGGGGAGCUUUGAAAUAGGAGGGACAAUCUAUCCUGUUGCAAUCAAAUAUGAUCCUCAGUUUGGAGAUGCAUUCUGGAACAGCAGCAAAUAUAACAUCGUGAGCUAUCUGCUGCGAAUAAUGACCAGCUGGGCCAUUGUUUGCAAUGUGUGGUACAUGCCACCAAUGGUUAGACAGGAAGGUGAAGAUGCUGUUCAGUUUGCCAACAGAGUGAGAUCAGCCAUUGCUCGCCAAGGAGGACUGACUGAACUUCCCUGGGAUGGAGGUCUGAAACGAGCGAAAGUCAAAGAUACUUUCAAGGAAGAACAGCAGAAAAACUUCAGCAAGAUGCUAGUGAGAAAUGGAUCAGUAGGAAACCUAUCUGCAGGAACAGAGUCAGACUGAACGGUGGUUCUUGAAAACUAAUUUUGCACAACCAGCCUUAGCAGGAAUAGUGGUUUUUUAAUUAAAAACAAACAAAACCCACCACCAAAAAAUAAAACCAAAACACAAACUGGAGAAACAAAAUCUGUCAUCACCUGUAUGCAUAUUCUCUGUAUGGCUGGUGCAGAGCCUGCCAAGGACAGUGUGUCUGUACCUCUCCCUCCCUUUUCACUCUUCUCGCUCUCCUGCCCAUCUUCAUGUGAUGAUGCACUGCAGCUCCUGGGAUUCUGGAGCUGAAUGUGUGGGGACUUGAGACAAAAAUUAAAAGCACCAACUUCCUGAGUUUGUGAGGGUGAAGGGAAAUACACCAAACAGAUGCUGUCGGAGCACUGGUUGUGGAGAUACCUCUUGUUUGUGGUACUUUGAAGGCUUAAACAUAACAAAAUUUUGCCUUUUCCCAUUGCUCACAGACUUUUUAGUUGUAGAUGACUUAAUUAACAUGUUUUAGGAUGUUGUCAGAACUGUAAUAUUGACUUUUCUUGGUUAGCUUGCACCUGGAUGUGCAAGGGAGGGAGGGAAGCAAGGGCUGCAGACCCUAAAGGGUGGGGAAGGAGCUGCCCUGCCAAAAGCACAGUUUAUGGACCAUGGAGAAUUUGGUGGCCUUAUAACAUGGUAUUAACUUUAUUGAGAACUGCUACCUGAGGGAGGGAAGAUAAGGGGCAAGUCCUCAAUCUCCCUGUCCACUGCUACUGUCAAAAUUGCUUUCUUGAGAUCUGGAGCUGUAAAGAUAAGACACCACAAGCAGCUGUUUAACAUAGGCUAUGACAGAUGAAUUUUUGAGGUGGCUUUUCAAGACUACCCUUCUGCAAAAAUGGCUGCUAAUGGCUUAAAGAUCUCAAGAGAGCCACUCUAGAAACACAUUUUGUGUGGAUCUGGGCUAGAAAUUAUCACAACUAUAAACAUAGGAUCCAUAAGUCACCUGUGAUACAAGUGUGGCAUGUUCAAAUCUGCAAUAUACUGUUGUCUGAAUGUAAAGAGAAAUAAAUUCUAUAUUUCUAA